AUGAGCUUCCAGGGACUGCACACAUCUCCGGAAUCCGACCCCGACGUUCUCUGCAUCAUCGGGGAAGACACGCCAACGGACUGCGAAAAUUUAGAGACAUGGUACAGCAUCCAGCGGACGACUCGAAGCCCAGCUGAAGCUCCAGACUUGGGUUAUGAUACGAGAGAAACGCGAUGCGAGGACUACAGAAUCUCGAGAACUGAGAUAAUUAAGUCUCCCAUCGGAUUGGAACUUCUGGCGGGCUGGCUGCGAAUAGAUAAGGAGGCUUCAAACAAGGAGAAAAGGAAGGCACUCAUUGGAGAAUUGCAGGAGAGUUAUCUCAACGACCGGUCUCAUGUCCGUGCUCUUGCUGCCCAACAAGGAAUGCCUUUGGAUGAUAUUCAUACUUGGUUCAUGAAUAGGGUACGGGAGUUGGAGGCGAUUAAUUUUGGCGGAGGAAUAAGCCAGAAAACUACAUGA